AUGUCGGGACGCGGUAAAGGCGGUAAAGUGAAGGGAAAGGCAAAGUCUCGUUCGAACCGCGCCGGUCUUCAGUUUCCGGUCGGUCGUAUACACAGACUGCUGAGGAAGGGAAAUUACGCCGAACGCGUCGGUGCCGGCGCUCCCGUCUACCUAGCCGCCGUCAUGGAAUAUCUCGCCGCCGAAGUUCUCGAGUUGGCCGGAAACGCUGCCCGCGACAACAAGAAGACCAGAAUCAUACCGAGACAUCUUCAGCUGGCGAUCCGUAACGACGAGGAAUUGAACAAGCUCCUGUCGGGCGUCACCAUCGCACAAGGCGGUGUCCUCCCGAACAUCCAAGCGGUCCUCUUACCGAAGAAGACCGAGAAGAAGGCUUAAUUAUUUAUUAAACUGUGUCUGUAUCGUCGUGCUAAUAGUUCGUUACGUCGUGUCACUCUUUCGUUGCGAAACUAUUAACUACGAGAUAAUUGACAUCUAUGAAAAUCAAACGGCCCUUUUCAGGGCCACAAAUCUCUUCUAAAUACGAUAAAAAAUUAUUAAUUUUUUGUCUACGUUUCUUACGUAACGACGACGUCAUUAUUUAUUUCAUUAUUUCUUUAGCAGCACGUAAAACCUUCUCGUGCAAACAUAGAAUAAUACACACAGCACACACGCCUUAAUUUUCUUACGAAUUAAAUGUUAUAUCACUCGAACAAUAGCGUAUAAAUAUGCUAUAAAUCUUAUUAAACCCAAUAUAAAUUAGGGGUAUGAAAAAUAAACGUUGGCCGAUUCUCAGACAAUAAAUAUAAGAUAUGCAA